ACGUUGCUUCUCUGGUGAUUUAAAGGUGACAUGACAAGCCUCUCGUCCCUCAAAUCCCAGCUAGUUUCUGACAGCGUUUCACAGCUGUGACGGGAGUUUCUGCUGUCGGGUGCCUGACUGUUCGGUGGAUUGAAGCCAGGAUUUACAACAGAAGAGGGGAUCAAGGGCAGGAGCGGGAACAAAAGUCUCCUCAUCCCCCCUCUGACCCGCAGAUCCGAACAGGAACUUUUGCUGGGAAGCUCUUUCCCGAGAGCAUGGAUGGAUUUAUGACUAUGUGCUGAGGAUAUUGGAUGAACAAUUGACGGCACGUUUCUUUAACGUUCUCUCCACCGUAUCUCACAGCCGGUGCUCCUGCCAUGUCCUGGCUCCUGUGUCUGUGGAUAAGUGUUAGCUGCUUACUGCUGUGCCACGCCACUUUGUACGAGACCAUCCAGCAGCAUCAUGUGACCUACCCGGGCCGCAACGCCAUACAGAUUCUGGAGGGAGGAACAUGUGAGGUCAUCGCAGCACACCGAUGUUGCAACAAGAACCGCAUUGAGGAGCGUUCCCAGACGGUCAAGUGCUCAUGUUUACCGGGAAAAGUGGCCGGCACAACACGGAACAAACCCUCCUGUGUAGACGCCUCCAUCGUGAUUGGGAAGUGGUGGUGUGAGAUGGAGCCGUGUCUGGAGGGAGAGGAGUGUAAGACACUACCAGACAACUCUGGCUGGAUGUGUUCCUCUGGGAACAAGAUCAAGACCACGAGGAACACCCAGCCAUAUUCAACUUUUUAGCUCUGAGGGCCACCAAAGCUGGCUCGCCAGAAGCUCAGUGGCAUCCUUCUCCUCAUCAAGAUUCAUCCCCGGACCUAACAAAGAGCUCUUUCACAGGCAGUGAAUGUGGAUUCUUUCUGUCAGAAUGGACGAAACCAUUCAUUCAAAGGUGUGUUUGACUGGAUUACCUGUGACUGAACAAUAAAGAAGGACAUUCUUGGGGAUAAAGAUGAGAUUUGCUCAUUCAGUUCCAAGGAAUAUGACAAAUAGAAAUAAAGCAGGCUAAUCUGUGUUUUUGAUCAAUGAGCCCAACGCUGCAGACUCGACCGUGUCCAAUUCUCUUGAUUUUCUGCGUUUCUCCUGACCAUCUUCCUCUGGUUCUAAACUCCUACAGCUUAGGGGAGCCUAUUUGAAGACUUUGCCUCCCUAGGUAAACUGGACAAUCCUGAUUUAAGCUGUGAAUGACUGUAUGAAGGCUCAUGACGGAUAAGCACUGGUCUGUGAAAAUGAGGUGGAAAUCAAUAGGAGAUUUUUUUUUCCAUUCCAGCAUCAGUUUGUCGUUCCACGUCCACGCCGGCUUUGGUAACAGACUAGGAGCUCGUGAAGCCCUGCUAUUUCCCUUUCACUUCUGAGUUUACCGCUCACCGCUAGUGUCCCACAUGCUGUCCGUUUGGAAUUCCCCCAAGUCAAAGGUCACCUCACUGUCUACUUGGGCCAGAUAUAUUUUUAUUUGUCAGCAUGCUCAAUGUAUUUUGUGGGAGCUUUGUAUUGAAAGUAACUGUAUAUAUUUCUGUAUAUAUACAUAUAGAUACAUAUUAAAAGACAUCAUAUGAAGAUCUA